UCUUCAGGCCUUCGAAAUUGUGCUGUAUGCGGUUUACUAUUGAUACUGUGUGUGGUCACUGUGAAUACCGUUUGAAGCGCCACUGGCUGGCGGUUUCUCUCCACUUUUGGCGUGUUGAUUGAUCGAUCGUGAAAAAGGCAGCGUGUGGUGAAUUUUGCAGCAACGCAACGAAGAAGACCGUGAAUCCAUGGACGUUGCAUUAUUACCGAGCGAAGAAAAGAAAAACGCAAACAGCAAAGCCAUGGCGCAGGCCGUAACAACGACCGACCAGUCCCGGAAGAAUGUGGAGUUCAUUAUGAAAAAUCUGUUCGCUGGAGGUGUGGCCGGAAUGUGUUCGAAGACGGCCGUGGCCCCACUCGACCGGAUUAAGAUCCUGCUGCAGGCACACUCGAUCCACUACAAACAUCUGGGAGUGUUCAGUGGGCUGCAGCACAUCGUGAAGAAAGAGUCCUUCUUUGCCCUCUACAAGGGCAACGGUGCACAGAUGGUACGGAUAUUUCCGUACGCUGCCACCCAAUUUACCGCCUUUGAGAUGUACAAAAAGUACCUCGGAAGGGUGCUUGGCCCGAACUUGCCGAUCAAGCACGCGGAUAAGUUUAUCGCCGGAGCAUCGGCUGGUGUAACGGCCGUCACUUUAACGUACCCGCUCGACACGAUACGAGCCCGGCUUGCAUUUCAGGUGACCGGAGAACACCGGUACAACGGGAUUGUACACACAGCUUUAACCAUCUUCAGAACGGAAGGUGGAGUUCGCGCCCUGUACCGCGGCUUUGUGCCCACGCUGAUGGGGAUGGUGCCGUACGCCGGAUUUUCGUUCUACUGUUUCGAGAUGCUAAAGUUUGUCUGCAUGAAGUACGCACCGGGAGUGACGUGUAAGAAGUGUGAUCGAAACACCGGCGGGCUGGUCCUUUGCGUGCCGGCCAAGCUCCUGUGCGGAGGAUUCGCCGGGGCCGUGGCACAGUCGUUCUCCUACCCGCUGGACGUGACCCGACGGCGGAUGCAGCUGGCCAUGAUGAACCCGGAGACGGCGAAAUUCGGCAUGGGUAUGUGGAAAACGUUAUCCAUCAUCUACAACGAGAACGGCAUCAUCCGGGGCCUGUACCGAGGGAUGUCGAUCAACUAUCUACGCGCCAUUCCCAUGGUGGCCGUAUCCUUUUCGACCUACGAAGUGCUGAAGCAAGCGCUCAAGCUGGACACGGGCAUGAAAAUAUAACCUGGGCCCAAGUGCGCACCAUCAUCACCACCACAACCUUACCAGCUUACCUCCCCGGGGGGACUGCAGCCCCUCCGGCCUGCAGACCGACUGCUGAUGGCCCCGACUCAUAAUCAACGCCAGUGGCCAGUGAGGCGCGCUCGAGGAGACGAUGUUUUAAUGCUUUCUUUUUUAUGUUUCCAACACUGUUAGAUUGUUCGUUUCAUUGUGCACCGAGAUUUGACCGUUCUUGCUUAGGGAACCGAUACGAUAUGCAAGCCGAAGAUCAAUGGGGCUUCCAAUAUACUUAUUUAUUUGUGUUAACACCAGUUCGCCGCCAUUCGGUACGUCAGUGAUGUAUGAAUGAACGACGUGGUGCAAUUGGCAUUCUUCAUUAAGAAAUCGAACAAAAU